AUGGGUCGUAUUGCAAACAAACAAUUUAAAAAAGCCAAGAAAACUAUGUCUUCUAAAGUUCAUCGUUCAUGGACCGUUAAAGAAAAACUUAUGAUUUUAGAAUACCUUCAGAUACGUGAUUGGAAAAACAAAAAAGACAAUCUAUUAUUAGCUGCACCAUAUGCUAAAAAACUUCAUUUGGGAAAACCAGCCAAAUAUCCUGAUUUAGAAGAUAAUUUGUUUAAUUGGAUUAAUGUAACAAGAGCUUGUGGUAAUGCAGUUACACACAAUAUGAUUACAAAAAAGGCUGUGGCUUUGUCUCAAAAUAAAUUUCGCUCAAGAUAUCCUGAUAUUAUUCAGUUUAAAUUUUCAAACAGAUGGCUUGAUGCAUUUCUUGUUCGAUAUAAUCUUUCUAAUAGACGUAGAAUAACAAUAGCCCAACAUCUUGCAACA